AUGAAAACAUUCAGUUGGAACCUCCAAGGGUUGGGGAACCCUUGGACGUUUUCUUUUUCUAAUUUUAAUUACUUUGUGGUUGAUGCUCGGGGUCGUAGUGGCGGUCUCAUUUUGAUGUGGAAAAAAGAGUAUGGUGUUCGUAUUUCAAGCUACUCAAAAAACCAUAUUGAUUUUGAGUGUGAGCUGGCUGAUAACACAGGGAAAUGGCGAGGGACUGGUAUUUAUGGAUGGCCGGAUUCGGGAGCGAGGUAUAAAACUUGGGAGCUAUUACAUAGGUUAUGUGGAGAAUCUCAUCUCCCAUGGCUUGUGUUUGGAGAUUUCAAUGAGAUCCUCAGAAAGGAAGAAAAAGUGGGUGGCAGACUUAAGCCUUCUCAUGCCAUGGAAGCUUUUCGUCGUGUCCUUGAUGACUGUGGCCUUAUCGAUUUGGGAUGGUCGGGAAAUAAUUUUACUUGGGAUAAUGGUCGGGUUGGAGUGGAUAACAUAAAACAGCGUUUAGACCGUUUUCUUGCUACUUCGGAGUGGAUUGCCUUGUUCCCUGAUUACUCAUCUCAACAUUUAGUUCGAAUUUCUUUAGAUCACUGUCCCAUUUGCCUUCAUCUUACUGGUGUUGAAAGGUACGAGAUUAAGAAAAGAGUAUUCAGAUUUGAAGCGAUGUGGUUGUCUCACCCGGACUGUGAGGAGAUUGUGAAGGGAGGGUGGAACUUGGCGCAGGGAGCUGAUGUGGUUAACAAAAUUUCGAAUUGUGCUUCUAGUUUGGCUACAUGGAAUGAAGAGGCUUUUGGGAACAUUUACAAGCAAAAACGAGCUCUCUCAAGGCAGUUAGAGAGUCUUCAAGACCUCCCAAAUACUGGUCGUAUAGCUGUUAGACGGAGGGCUGUCCAUGACAAAUUAAGUGAGGUGCUUAAAAAAGAAGAAAUUAUGUGGAGACAGAGAAGAAAACGAAAUACUAUUGCGAAGCUUCAAGAUGAGGUUGGUCAAUGGCAAUCGAAAGCCGAUGACAUAGAACAAAUAAUUUGCAGGUAUUAUAAAGAGCUUUUUCGUACCACAGAUCCUCCUAUCUGCUCUCGGACUCUUGAGGCUAUUGACAGUGUUAUAAGCUCUGAUGAGGUCGAAAUGUUGUCAGCCCCUUUUGACGCUGAUGAAGUGAAAUACGCGCUGAAACAAAUGCACCGAAAUAAGGCCCCUGGACCCGAUGGAAUGUCAGCCAUGUUUUUCAUUAAUUUCUGGCAUGUUGUAGGGAAGGAUGUCACUACUCUUGUUCUCAAUUUUCUAGAAACAGGUAUUAUGCCGCCGCACCUGAAUCACACACUAAUCACUCUGAUUCCGAAAACUCAAGUGCCUGAAUCUAUGAAGGAUCUUAGACCCAUUAGCCUGUGCAAUGUUGUGUAUAAGUUGAUCUCUAAGGUUUUGGCUAAUCGUUUGAAAAAAGUCCUCCCUAGCGUUAUUCAUGAAUCUCAGAGUGCCUUUGUUCCAGGCAGGUUGAUUACAGAUAAUGCUAUUAUUGCUUUCGAAAUGUUUCACUCUAUGAAGCAUAGGAUUAAAAGCAAAAGAGGUGUUGCGGCGCUCAAACUUGACAUGAGUAAAGCGUAUGACCGAGUCGAGUGGAGGUAUAUCCGACAGGUAAUGCACAAAAUGGGUUUUCCUGAGCACUUCAUCACACUCAUUAUGUGUUGCAUCUCGUCUGUUUCUUUUUCCUUUCUUAUCAAUGGCCAGGUGAAGGGUUUCAUUAAACCAUCGAGAGGCAUCCGCCAGGGAGAUCCUAUCUCGCCUUAUUUAUUCCUCCUCUGUGCAGAAGGGUUGUCUGCCUUAAUCCGGCGAGCAAUUCAGCGAAAUGUUAUUCAUGGGGCUAAAGUUAGUAAGGGAAGUCCUAGUGUAUCUCAUCUCCUAUUUGCGGAUGAUUGCAUCAUUUUCACUCGUGCUACCACUCAAGAGUGCCGGGUCCUUAGCGAUAUUUUGAAAGUAUAUGAGAUGGAGUCUGGGCAACAAGUGAAUGUGGGCAAAUCUGAAAUCUCCUUUAGCUCGAGAGUUCCAGUUGAGAGAAGGAAUGAAAUAAAAGAGUUGCUUCGGGUCCAGGAGGUUGGGCAUCUACCUAAAUAUCUCGGUUUGCCUACGGUGAUUGGAAAGUCAAAAAAGCUCAUUUUUGGGUCAUUAAAGGAGCGGGCGUGGAAAAAGCUCAAAGGCUGGAAGGAGAAGAUGUUAUCCAGGGCCGGAAAGGAGGUGCUCAUUAAAGCAGUAGCCCAAGCUAUACCCAAUUACAUUAUGAGCUGUUUUCUACUUCCGAAGACUUUUUGUGAGGAAAUCCAAGGGAUGGUUAGUCGGUUUUGGUGGGGAAACAGCGACAGUAAGAGCUCAGUUCAUUGGAUGAGCUGGGAUAGGAUGUGCAUUCCUAAAGGUGACGGCGGUUUGGGUUUUCGCAAUUUUCAUUCCUUUAAUAUUGCGCUGCUAGCUAAGCAAACGUGGCGAAUGAUGACAUCGCCGGACUCGUUAUGUGCUCGAAUCAUAAAAGCAAAGUACCAUCCUCGUUGCGAUAUUCUGAAAGCAAGCGCAAGUUAUGCACCGAGCUACUUCUGGCGGAGUAUUCAGGCUUCCUUUGCUUUGAUUGAGUUUGGGAAGUGCUGGAGGGUUGGUCGUGGUGAUAGUAUUCAGAUUUGGAAAGAAAAAUGGAUAUGCGGGGACUCGAUGGUGAAACCUUUGUUUUGUAAAAAUCUGCCCUUGGAUUGUACAGUGGAUGUUCUUAUUGACUCUGAGACACAUAGCUGGAAAAGAGAUGUUGUGGAAGCUUCUUUCUUACCUUUUGAAGCUGAAGCUAUUUUUAAAAUGACCCUUAGUCAGAGGAUGCCGGCUGACAAACUGUUUUGGCAUCACAGUAAAAAUGGACACUAUUCGGUGAAAUCUGGAUAUCACGCCUACCAAUCUAUGGUGUUUCAUGACCAGGAAUGUGGAGUGUCCUCCUAUACAAAAUCUGAUUUUUGGAAAGCUAUAUGGAAAGUUAAAGUCAUGCCCAAGAUCAAGCAUUUCAUAUGGAGAGCUUUGAAGGAUAUUCUCCCUUGUUUUCAGGUCUUGAAGGAUCGAGGUAUUCAUGUAGAUGACAUCUGCCCUAGAUGUGGUGCGGAGGGAGAGUCUAUCAUUCAUGUGUUGAAGGAUUGUAGCUGGGCGAAGGGUGUAUGGUUGAGUUCUCAGAUUGGGUUGAGGGUUGAUGAGAUGCCUGUACCAAAUUUUACAUAUUGGGUCGAGAGUCUGAUGAAAAAUCUAUCGUCGAAUAACUUUGCUAUGGCUGUAGUGAUCUUAUGGCAAUUAUGGUCAUCACGAAAUAUUUUGAUUCAUGAAGGCAGGGCAGACUCGCUGGAGGUGCUGUUAAACCGAUGCAGGGAUUGUUAUGUCCAGCAGAACUCAAUGAAAGUCAGCAGCAAUGGGCAGGGUGAACGGCCAGGGUGGAAGCCUCCAAAGGCAGGUGUAGUAAAACUCAAUACUGACUUAGCGGUGUGCACAGAAGAUGGUACAACAGGUUUAGGGGUCAUUAUCCGUAAUGAGAAGGGUGAGGUGAUGGUAUCUGCUGGUAGGAAAAUGGCUAAUGUUCGGUCUAUAGCCAUAGGAGAAAGCUUAGCAAUUCUUUAUGGUCUUCAUAUAGCACUGGUUUGUGAAUUUCAGAUGGUGGAAGUUGAAAGUGAUGCCUUAUCUGUUAUCCAGGCUAUUCAGAAGGGAAAAGCAGAUCCUACUCAUCAGGGUCUUGUUAUAGACGAUAUCCUUGAUUUUAUUCCGAGCUUUACUAGUAUAAGUUUUGUUUAUAUCCCACGGGUUAAUAACAAAACAGCGCAUUCUUUAGCUAAGUGGGCGUUAUCUAUCUCUGAGGAUGUUGUGAUUAUGGAGGAUGUUCCUAAUCACAUUCAUGCUUGUAUGCUCGAAGAUGUUUCUUCGGUUUUUGAGAUUUUAAUAUAA